CUCUCUUUCUCACGUUUUGCUUUUCGUUUACUCGCAGUUAUCUGCAUUUAUGAAGACAGAAUUCUGCAUUUUUUUUUUUCCUUUUUUGCUACAAAAAUAUUCAGAAAAAAUGAGAUACUUGACUGGGAUUCGCAGCUACGUCAGUAAAGCCUUAACUUACCAAAAUAUUCCGGUUUUGGCAACUGGGGCCUAUGCAAUUUUGCUAUUGAUACUUCUGGCAUUUCAGUCUGUACAUAUCACCCAACUAGAAAAACGUACUAUUGGCUCCAAAAAUGAAUCUGAAAACUCAAACUAUAAAAGAGCUGUCGAGAGAACGGCACAUUCAUUAUACACACAUUGGGGCAGGAAGUCCUGUAGUGCAAAGUUCUCGUCUACAAUUUAUUCAGGCGUUGCAGCAGGAAGUCUCUAUAGUGACACAGGUGGUGGAAGCAAUAUUCUUUGUCUACCUAUGGACCCUCAAUGGAGCAAUUUCACGGGAGAUGUAGAAACAGGAUCACACAUAUAUGGAAGUGAAUACGAAGUGUCAGACUACAAAAAUAAUCCUAAAUUCGGUCUCUUCUUGGAGACAAAUGCUCGCACGUUACAUGAUCAUAACAUUCCUUGUGCUGUGUGCCAAACAAAUGGUCCGGCAGCUGUAAUGAUGCUUCCAGGUAGAAAUGAAUGUUAUACUGGUUGGUACCUCGAAUAUUCUGGUUACCUUAUGACAUCUCACUGGAAACAUAAUGGCAGAACUUCAUAUUUGUGCAUCGACAAAGAACCUGAAGCUGACAGAUGUGGUUACCGAGACGAAAAUGGAGCUCUUUUUUAUCAUGUACAGGCACAAUGCGGGUCACUUCCGUGCCCGCCGUAUAGGAAUAAUGAGGAAUUAACAUGCUCGGUGUGUAGUAACUAUGGAAUAAGUGAAAGAGGGGAACUUUCUUGAACGCCUUCCAUCAAUUCAAAUUUGAAUCCAUAGCAUCUUACUAUUAAGGAAGAGGAUAGAUAUUACAAGCCACGUUAGACGCAUGAACGCAGCUUUUGCAUUUGAUAACUUUUAGAGUAUAUAAAUGUUUAAGUAUUUUUUUUAUUGAA